AGAAUUCGAUCCAACUACAACAAGAAAGCGAUGGAGUCUGUUAUGCAGCACCCGGUGGAGGAGAUGGCUCAUGCUCCGGUACUAGCAGGCUCUCCCAACGCUGUAGUGGAAGACGAUCGCCGAGGACAGCUUUUUCCCCUCCAGCCCGCCACCGACCUGGUCACCCCGGGGACGAAAACCACGACGACGACGACGAACACAGAAACGAGCACGGGAAUGUAUACUGGUAGCCACGCGCGGUUCCUGCCGAAUGGUUCGAGCUCAUCCUCUUCGUCAGUGAACAAAAGCCGCGCGGCCCCGCACAGCAGCGCUAGUACUUCGUUGAGUUUUUUGAAGAAGCAAAGAUCUUCGUCUAGCUCCACUUGGGGUCUUGAUGCGGUGCAGGACGCACCCGACCGGUUUUGGAAGGAGCACGCCGUCUUAGCCGCCUUGUACCAAACUGAAAAGUACUUGUGUUCCACCCCCAGAAGUGGGAAAUAGUUGUGUGAUGCAUACUGUUCAUCUUUUCCAAUGCAAAAAUCUGACUCUCCAUCUAUGCAUAAGAAAAUGACGUAUAUGAGUCGCGCUAAUCCAGGUUCUAGACGUCGCGCAAAGUAGCCUGUGCUGCGUCAUAUCGCCCGGCUGCGGCUUCUGGGGUUUUCUGCAAUGCGGAUUUUCGCUAUUCUGUAGCGAAAGCUACUACCUGUAGUGUAACAAGGCUAAUGCACGCAAUGUGCCACAACUGGAAGGCUUUGCAAUGCAAACAUUUUCUCAGAACAAGUGUGAUUCCUCAGGGGUGCUUGUUUUCUUGUUGAUACCUCGUCGACGGUAUUUGCGGCGGGCUUGUUUCACAUCACCCCCGCACUGCUCGCCAUCGCGUACCAAGAAAGGUGGCAUUUGGAUCCAAGAUCUUUAUCGCACGAAAAAAGUGUAGUUUCACGUUUGUUCUUCCGCAUGACAGGACGAUAAAUCUGCCUUCCGUGGCGGCAGGGGAAACACAAAAAAUGCAAAUAAACUCCCUCUCUUGUAUUGAUGUUCCCAAUUAGUAACAAGAUGACAAAAAGUUGCACGCCGCAAUACAACAUUGAGCCGCAUCUACAACUUCACAAGUUUGCGGGGAAACAAUUUUUUCGUGCGAUACUAUUGCGUGGUCGAGCAGUACGUGAAGGACGAAACAAAUUAUCCAGCGCAAAAAGUAUCGUACCCGUACAAAUUAUUGUGUAGAGAAACUGAGUUUAUUUUCCGUGUGGAAAUAACAUUUUAAUUUUGCAUGCAAUUGAAGCUAGUACGAGUUACAAGAACUUUUGCAAUGCAUACAGGCCGAGAAGGUGCAACGACAGCACUAGAGAACAGUGCUCAACAUCUUCCAGGAUCCGAUCAAAUCGUUGAUACCCACGCAGCUCCGACCUCUUCGGUUGAACACCAGCAGCUCUCCGCAGACGCGAUCCUGGACAUUGAUACGCCGAGGCUACGGCGGUACCGCGUGAUUCUGUUCCGAUGGUGGUUUGUUUUGGUGUUGGUCUGUGGCUUGCAAGCCGUUGCGGUUUAUGCGUUGCAAUUAUGUCAUGCGCUGGAUGAUGCGGGAGUUAGAGUUUGUCAGGCACAUAUUGCAUAUUCCGCGACGGCUGGGAUGCAGAACAUAGCAUCACAGGUUUUGUGAAGGCUGUGCAAUGCGUAUUUCCCGUGAUAAAUACCGUUUCAGGGGGCCAAAAAUCGGCUUCCUCUUAUGCCAUUCGCGCAAGACCGUCAUCUGCAGGACGCAUCACAAGUUGCAAUGAUCCAGAUCCAGACAUAUGUGCAACUCAUACGGUUUUCGUGUACAGCAUCCUGGUGCUGUGGGGCAGCGCACGAACGGCGACGAAGCAUCCGUUCCUCCCGGUGGUCAAGGAGCCAGAAGCGACGAGCGGGAGCGUGCACGAGCCAGUCGAGCUGAAAUUGGUAAACCACAACGAGUUCUUAUCCCGGGUAAAAACACCCCCGCCCCAUAGUUGUCAUGCAAUUCUGCAUGCCAAGAAAGUUUCUCAUGCGGAGCUCUAUGCGAAGCGUUUUCUUUUCGUCUUUUGGAAUUUGUGAUGCUAGGAUCAGCAUGCUAUGCUAGAUCUGUGAUGCUUCUGAACUAGCUAAAGAGGAUUACACUACGAGGACACACUUGUCAUGCCAAACAACGCAAGCCAGUUGAUUUGUCUAGCAGAUUUUCCAUCUUGACUCUGGUGUGGGGACGUUUUUAAUCAGGAUAGUUCUCCCACCGGCCCGCAAGCACGGGAGCCGGUGCCACUCCACCGAUUAGCAGCAGCCAGCCGCACGAGGAUACCGUCCGCCUUCACUUCGGCUUUUUUGACGCGAAGUUUUACAAACCCGAGGCGCAGAAGGUGUUUGGUUUCAACCGGAAGGGCGGCAACCUGUACUACUCGGUAUCCCGUUGCAAAAACGAAGCCCACCACGACCCCGAACUUUCUUGCGACACAAGUCAGAGAAGGUUUGGGAGGCGCACACGAUAUUAAAUUUCUAUCUGGUGAUGUAUUCAUGUAGUGCGGGUUCUUUUAGUACUUAGCCAGAAAAGCUAUCCUGGAUGACAAAGCCGUCGAUCGGCUUAUCGUGUGGUCGUGUACAUCAUUACUAGUGCCAGAAAACGACUAGGAAUUAUGUGUCCUCGUGUGGGGAUGCGCAUUGCAAAUUUUCCUGUAGAUGCCACUGCGCAUGACAACUCUGGGGCGGAGACGUUUUUACACAGGAUACCCAGAGCACGGCGAUCACGACCACCGUAUGGGCUCCUCUUCAGAUGGAACGAUCUCAACUGGGACAAUUGGUGAUACUGAAUACGGAUCUUUUUUGUAUAACACUCUGUGUCGUGAAGAUGUUUUUUCACCAUGACAUGACUUAUCUGACCACCUAAUUCACAUGGAGAUUGAAAUGCGUAUGAAACUUGUCAUGCAAAGCUCCAGCAAGCACAAGCAGACUCUGGUGUUUCCACCCAUUUUGCCAUAGUACAAGAAAUCUGCCGUCUACAUUGUUCCAGUUGAGGGUGUUCCAGCAGCUGACCGGGGUAUACACCACCACGAGAAUUUUUACUGUCUCACCUCGCACAUGCACGCCUCGAUGCCGACGACAGGAACCACUACGAGUGCAGCCCCCGCGGCUCCCGAUUCUAACAUCGAACUGAAAAAGUGCGAAAAGUUAUCCUGAGUAAAAGCGUCCCCAUACCAGAUUCAAGAUGGGAAAUCUGCUACACAAAUCAGCAAACUUUGUUUGUUUCGCAUGACAAGUUCGCCCUCGUUGUGUAAUCCUGUUGAGCUCGUUCAGCAGCAUCACAGAUCUAUCGCGUUUUGCUAUUUCUAGCAUCACAAAUCCCAAAACACAACUAGAAAAAGCUUCUCAUGGGGCUUCGCAUGAGAAACUUUUUUGGCAUGCAGAUUCAUUUGCAUGACAGCUCUGGGGUGGGGACGUUUUUAAUCAGGAUAAAAGUCGGAUCAGAAUCAACUCUUCGCGUUUGACGGAAGCAGUAAAAUGUUCCACCGAAUCGAGUUCGGCGGCUAUUCAAAGGAAAAAUCCCCCCUUCCGAUUUUGAAAACGCAUCCGUCUGAGAAUUUGUGAUGCAGAUUUGUGGCCCCAAAUCCUGUCUGUCUUGCAAGAAGGCAAAGCCAGAGAGUCCGCCGCAUUAUGCAGGCGGUCUGUGAUGCUGUUGGGCUUACCGCGUCAACCUCUGCCAUGCUGGUCGCCUACGUCGAAACCUGUCGACUCAGGCUUAGCAUAUGCGUGCAGUCCUCUCCAGCAAGACAGACCUGAUAUGCGUGCGCAAAUCCAGCAUCAGAAACUUCGUUUCGAUAUGGGGAAGGGGGAUUUUUCUCUUUGAUAGCGGCGUCAACGGGGGCGUCGUCGUGAAGGGGGCGGGCCUAUCAAAAGGAAAAAUCCCCCCUCCCCAUAUUGAAGAGGUAGGUUUUCGAAAAUUUGUGUUGCUGAUUUGAGGUCACAAAUCACGUUUGUGUUGCAAGAAGACAAGGGCAGCAGCUUCCGUCCCAUUAUGGAGGCGGUUUGUCAUGCUGUUGAGCCAACACCACGGACGCUUUUCAUGCUAUGCGCCUAAGUCAAUGCCUCUCUGCUCAGGCUUGAUAUGGGUCUGCAGUCCUCUCCAGCAAGACAGAUAUGAUUUGCGUACUCAAAUACAGCAACACGCAUUCCGCUUUCGAUAUGGGGAGCGAGGGGGGAUUUUUCCUCACAAUAGGGCCUGGCGCUCAGGGAAUUGACCGACGGGAACGGGACCGUGGUCAAGCAGGUUUUGGUCGCGGACACCAGCAUGAACCACCAGGUCAGGUUCCCGCAGGCGGAGGUAUGUUUUACUUGUUUUUGAGCAGAUUCAUUGCAGCAGAUGAACUACUGAACAACUACGAACGUGAAGAUCACUCACGGAGGGGCUUCAAUUGAAUAAGCUUUGUGAAAAACAUCAAAAGGUAGAAGAGUACGCCGACCCGGCCGCCAUCGGGUUCGGGCUUUACCUGCUUUUUUCGUCCUUCUUUACCUUCGCGCUCACCUGGCGGCUGCUCACUAUGCAUUGUUCUUGCAUCAAGUAGGUCUCAGUCUGGACGAUCACAGAAAAAGAGGAUACAAAAGGAACUUGUGAUGCAAAAAAAGUACUGUCAUGUUCAUGAUGCUCAUGCAUAUCUCAAGUGAUCCUAAUAGCAGAUACACCAGCAGCUCUACUAAUUUAUGGGUCUCACACACAAAUCUGCAGCUGGUCAGGGGCACGAAUACCACGUGACGGCACUGCUGUCGUGCGAAAAUUUGUCAUGCAGGAGCUUUGCCAUGUUCUAAAUCUAAUUCUAUCUUUCUUUAUGGGAAGAGCUGCUCCCGUCUUUGGUCUUACCGAUCAAAGCGCAUGAAGACUGGUGAGGAGAUUACAGCAGCCUUUUGUCUAGACCAUCCAGACGGAUCGACUUAUUCCUUUUCUGGAUACUGAUGCAAAAAAAGCAACUUCGCCUGUGGUUCCGGCAGCAAGGUGCCGGCUCGCCCGUGCGGUAUUGUGAAGAAAAAUCCUCCCUCUCCAUAUCAAAACGAAUUUUCUGAUGCCGGAUUUCCCUACACAAAUCAGAGCUGUCUUGCAGUAGGGGAUUGGAGGCGUAUGCCGUGCCUGAGUACAGAGCUUCUGACGUGGACGCUUAGCAUCACAAAUGUCUAUGCUGUAGCCCAAGCAGCAUCACAAACCGUCCGCAUAAUGCGGCGGAGACUUCAGAGUUGCCUUCUUGCAAGACAAGAGUGAUUGGUGACCUCAAAUCAGCAACGCAAAUUUUCGGGGACAUACCUUUUCAUGGGGAGGGGAGAUUUUUCCUCACAAUAUGCGGCCGCAGUUGACCUGGAAACAGCGGAAGGAGUACGAGCGGCGGAAAAGAAGUAUCAAUCUGCAAACCGCCCCUACCCCGGAAUAAUUAAAUUGGGAACAUGUUAUUUCAAUUGCAAGGUUUUCGUUUUGCAAGAAGAUGAAAACGGUGUUGAUUAUCUUGUUGUAUAGGCAGCCAGCAAGACACACAAGGGAAAACUUGUGUUGCAAAGCAGUUGAAUCGACGAAGAGCGGGGCUUGCGAUAUGUACGUUCUUGGAUCGGAAAGGAAAAAGACCCCGAGGCCGCUUCAUCACGCAGGCUGAGACCAUAAUUCUUGCAUAGUGAAACUUGCAUCAGAAGCAAUUCGCAUUUUCCGGGGCGGGGCACUUGUCAGUGCGAAAAGAAACGAGGCGAAAAAACACGGCGGGGUCGGGAUCGGGUUCGGCUUCGGCGGGCACAAAAUGAUCCAGGGGGGAUUCUCGAAGAUAUAAUAGCGAGAAGGGGCAGAUCAGAAAGAGAUUGAUGUUGAUCCUCAUCAGGCCGCUCUAUCGGGGAAGUUCUUGCGUGCGUCGAGGAAGUUGUGCACAAGAAGAGCUCCGGAAUGGUGUAGAGCCAGGUCUGUCUCGAAGCAUUUUCAGGGGGACCCGGGACAGACCAUAGCCAAGUGUUAAUGUUUUUUUACCACUUCUUGUUGUGCAAGAACGUUGAGCCGAACUCAUUUAUCAGGUCUACGGGUAGUACGCCCCCCAAUAGCGCCGGAAAAAAAUGUGUCUUAUGCACAACUUCUACUUCGAAGAUGAAGCUUCUAGAUCGGGGUCAUUUUUCCUUUUUGUUGACUCACCUGUAGGAUGCUCAUGAGUUAACAGGAGAUAACAAUGGGUGGCGCAAAAAAUAAAAGAACAGCACGGCUGAAAAGGUUUCGAAUAGUAAAAUAAUAAGCCCAAUUUUUAUACCCUGCAAGACUUUCCAUUUUUGCUGUACAAUGUAAGCAAAUUUUGAGUUGCUGACUUGCAAACGGACACUUCAGAUAAAAAGCAGAAACACGCGAUCGCAGGAACCGCACUCCUGCGACGACGCCCGUGUAGCGUGCUUGUACUAGUUUCGACAUAACGGUGGAAUGGCAGAUCUAUUGCUUUCUUGUUACCAAUGUAGUAGUACUCCGAGUAGUAGACGCAUUUGCAUUUCACGUCCCCUGGUCCGUUGCUAAAAAAAUCGAUCCGCGUAAGGAACAACAGAUCGCUGGAAUUCGCAGACACAGAGACAAAAUCCAGUUCAAAAAAGUCAUAGAUGAUCCAGAUGAAAAGGUCAACCAUUUCUUCAGCUGAGGAACAAAACGAUCCAGACGAUCGUUGAAGAUGCUGUGAACUUCAUAGGAAGGAAACAAGAACGCAUUUCUUUGUGAAGAAACAUGUGUGAAGAAAUCCGAG